CCUCCAAUACGGAAUUUCGUCGUUUUCCGUGCCCCGCUUCUUCUUCCUCGGUUAAGACCACGAAGAUGGCGGCGGCGGAGGACCUGACGUUGCUGGAGAAGUUGUUGGGCUUGAGGAAAGGGAACAAAUACAGCGCUCAAGGAGAGCGCCAGAUUCCAGUCCUUCAAAUGAAUAAUGGGCCAAGUUUAACAGGCUUAGCUACUAUUGUAGCUCAUCUGGUCAAGCAAGCCAACAAAGAGCACCUGCUGGGAAACACAGCAGAAGAGAAGGCGCUCGUUCAGCAGUGGUUAGAAUACAAAGUAACUCAAAUUGAUGGACACUCCAAUAAGGAUGAUAUCCGAAGUAUAUUGAAGGAUCUUAAUUCAUAUCUUGAAGAUAAAGUCUACUUUGCUGGUAAUAAUUUUACUGUAGCAGAUAUUUUAUUGUACUAUGGACUUCAUCGUUUCAUAGUUGACCUUACAUUUCAAGAAAAGGAGAAAUAUAUGAAUAUGUCUCGCUGGUUUUCUCACAUUCAGCAUUAUCCAGGCAUCAGACAACAUCUGUCUAGUGUUGUUUUUAUCAAGAACAGACUUUAUACUAAUACUCAUUAGAAGAUCAUCAAGAUUUCCAUGCCAUACGGAAGAGUAAUUGAAAAUUAUUUAAAGGAAAUGGAAUUCUGGACCUUGUAAUUAACUUAAAUAGAUAUCCAAUCCUUUGCAGGCUAGAAGAACUUUUGAUAAUGUGUCAAAGUAUGUCUAAAUGUUUAAUUUGUUAUUUAGAGUUUGCAGCUUUUUAAUGUAAAAAUGCAACUAGUUUUUAAAAACUUGAAUCAGAAUCAAGUUUUAAAAUGCAUUGUUUUGUAGGUGAAAUUUAUUUUGACGAAGUUGAAAUCAGUGGCUCAGUCUAAAUGUAAAAAGAGUCUACAACACUUUUAGUAUUUGCUCCUGUUUAGCUAUUUAUUGACCUGUGUACCAUAUAUAAAAUUUCGUUUUUUUCAUCCAUGAAUGUUUACAAUAGAACUUAAUAAAUUGUGCCAAGGAUACCGAAAGGGAAGAGAGAUUUAUUUGUUUGCAAAUAUUUAUGUGAUCUAGUAAAUAUGGUUGAAAAAAGUC